GUGUAGCUGGUCUCCAAGAUCGCAAAGUAGGUGCCACAUCCCACUUUUGAAUUUGUCUUGCAUCAUGGGCCAGAUAAGGAAGGUGCUUCAAUAGAAAGAGGCAUAGCAACUUUGACCGAAAGAACACAUCACCACCACACAGCGGGCACAAGCAAAACCAAGGCCAUCCUCAUAGCGUCAACUGUUUGUACUUUGCUUUUCAGUUGAUUUUGUUCUCGAGGGCAGAUUUUAUUGAACAGGUCAGCUACUGACCUCACCUCCAGGGGACACCUUCCCCGUCCCAAACUUCACUAGCCCAGGACUUGGCCGCCUCUCCUAGACAUCAUUUGACAUAGGGCGAUGACUUGCUUCUUCUGAGAUAAUGGUCCAGAUUAUGAAUUCAAACCCAGAGGUGUUUAACUCAGUCCGGCCAAAAACCUCGCACCAGGGCCCAGCUGUCUCCCCCGACCCUCCCUUAGGAAGGGUCCCCGCCCACUUUCCCAGCGAAGGUGCCACCGGAAGGGGCGGGCACUCGGCCCGGAAGCGGGACUCCGACCACCAUGGUUGCUCGUGGAGUUGUUGGCUUUUUCCUUCUCGCUGCUCUCCCCGUCUUGUGUCUGGAACUCCGGCGUGAGAUCCCAGAGCUAGGAAUCAAAGAUAUAGUUUUGCUGUGUGGACGAAUAUUUUUACUGCUUGCUCUUCUUUCUUUAAUUAUUUCUGUGACUGCCUCAUGGCUUAACUCAUUUAAGUCUUCCCGAGUUUAUCUGAAAGAAGAAGAGAAGAAUGAGGAAACACAAAAACUUGUGAGAGAAAAACAGCAAGAAGUACAGGGUGAGAAGAGUAGGAGAUAUAUUGAGAAUGUUUUAAAGCCUCACCAGGAAAUGAAAUUGCGAAAACUACAAGAACGUUUUUAUCGGAUGACUGAUGAAACAUGGAAAUUAAGCAACGGACAUAAGCUUGGGGGGGAUGAAGAUUUGGUGAUUGAAGAUGAGAGUCACAUAUCUUUUGAAACAACAAGCAGAGAAGCAGCAAAGAGACGGAAGUUGCCUAAGACUUUAACCAAAAUUUCACCACCUGAACAGCCCAAACAGAAAGAGUGCUCAGCUCUGGCAUAUGGUGAUACUGGGGUUCUUAAUUUACCUGAAGAGCCUCCUGAAACAGCUGAAGAAGUAGUUAGAAUUGCUCUCCGAUGUCCAAGUGGGAGGAUCUUGAGGAGAAGGUUUCUUAAGUCUUGGAGUUCACAGGUCUUACUGAACUGGAUGAUGAAAAUUGGGUACCACUCAUCCCUAUACAGCCUUUCUACUUCCUUUCCCCGAAGACUUCUGGAAGUAGAGGGAGGUUGGUCACUGCAGGAUAUAGGAAUAACGGCAGACACUGUACUCAAUGUGGAAGAGAAAGAGAAGAACAACUAGUUAAGAAAUGAAUACUAUCUGUAAAAUCAGCUAUGCUGUGACCUUACUGGACAAUGAAGGAUUCACAUUAAAUCAAGCCAAACCUUGA